AUGGCAGCUCUUGACGCAACGAUCACGCUUCAAAUGACUCGAGCAGCGUUUAUCGAGGAAACAUGUAAUGAAGCAAAGGGGGAUAGCGCGAAGCAGCUUGGACUAUCUGCGCUGGAGUCCAAGUUGUCGCUGCUUGAAAAAUAUUGGGACAAGCUUGAGUCCACUCAUGAGAAGCUCGUAGCUGGUGGUUUGAAGAUGGAGGGUUUAUUGGAGCUCUCGUAUUUCAAGAAUCAGGUUUUUGACCAAGCGCUGAUGAGAUAUGCGACAGCUAAGACCGCGAUCACGCAACUGAUGGAGAAUAAGGGUGGUCCUAACCUCAAUCAGACCAUGCGCGGAGGUCAAACUGAAGCUCAUUCAGACCAGCUUCUGCAUCCGCCUUCGAUGUCGUCUCACAGCGCCACGGAGCUCAAUUUGUUGACCAGCUCAGUCUCUGAAGCACUUAGCACACUCAAAGCUCUGGGACAACCUACUGAUCAGUGGGGUCCAGUGGUUGUCCAUGUCAUUGCCCAUCAACUUUCUAACAAGCUUCGAGAGGCGUGGGAGAACAAAAUCGGGGCCUCAUCGGAGUAUCCUUCUCUGGAACAGCUCGCUGAGCUUCUACAAGGUCGCUCCAGGGCAAUGGAAACUUUAGAAGUUGGGUAUCCCUGUUCAUACUGCAAGGGAGAGCAUUACAUCGCCUCUUGCCGUCAGUUCAAGAAUCUUGCGCCAGCUGGUCGAAAGCAAGUCGUGGAUCGUCUCUAUCUGUGCUUCAACUGUUUGGAGAAGCACAGCAUCAGGGUCUGUCAGACCACUCGUAAGUGCUUCCAAUACCAGGAGAGGCACCAUAUCCUGCUGCAUUUGGAUCGCUCUCGUCGUCCAGCUCAACGUGAUCCAGCAUCUCAAGUUCCUCUCAAUGAUGCAGGAUCUCAGCACCCGAGUACUUCCGCUCCAUUGACCAGCGUGCCUGUCGUAACGUACACUCACACCGGAGUGGGAGGGACAACGUCCGGCGAAGUACAUCUCACGCUACAAUCGAUCCACUCAGAAGAACGCAUUGAAGUUACAGCUCACUCUCUUGAUCGUCUCACCUCAACGCUACCGUCCUUCUCAGCAGAGGGCCUUAAGUGGGAUCAUAUCGACGGUUUAGAGCUUGCUGAUCCUCAUUUCCGAGUCUCUGCACCAAUUGACCUUCUCGUCGAGGAGGGGUUUCAGGCUCCAGUCGCUCAACUCACCAGCUUUGGCUGGAUUGUUUACGGACCAGCGGGACCUGACCAACCAGCAUCUUUCUCUUCUCAUCACCUCAGCGUAUCGAAUGACGAGCUCAACGACCUUCUCACCAAGUUUUGGGUUCAGGAGGAAAUUCCUGGGCGCAUUGACGCGAAUCUCUCACCGGAAGAAUUGGAGUGUGAACACCACUUCCGUCAGACUCACUCAAGGGAUAGCUCAGGUCGAUGUGUCGUUCGUUUGCCCUUCUCAGCUCCAGUUUCGUCAUUAGGGAAUUCCUAUCGUCCAGCGCUAGCUUGUCUCCAUCGGAUGCUCGGUAGAAUCUCAAAAGAUCCGCUCUUUCUCCAGCUCUACUCUGAAUUUCUCAAGAGAUACGAAGAUCUCGACCAUAUGAGAUUAGUAACUCGCUCAAUCCAUCGCUCUUCGUCUUCGGUUCAGGCGGAAACCGCUUGUCGUUCUGACGAGAUGACCUUAGCACAUGAAGCGCAAGCUUCAGAAGGGUUGAGGAUCUCUGAAGGGCUUCAGGUAGGGCCGUCUGAUGCUCACAGGAGUUACUAUUUACCUCAUCAUGGUGUAGUUAGAGAGAGCAGUGAAACGACGAAACUGAGAGUAGUGUUCAACGGAUCAGCGAAGACCAGCUCAGGGAAUUCACUCAGCAACAUUUUCCACACAGGAGCCAAGUUGCAGAAAGAUAUCUCGGACGUGCUGCUCUGGUCAAGACAGCACAAAGUCAUCUUCAUGACGGACAUCACCUAG